GUAAAUGUUGGUAAAUGCAGAGAACAUAAAUGUUUCAGUAAUUCUUACUUCUCAACUCUGAUUAAAAUUUUAUUCUUUAUAUAUACCAGAACCUUUGAAUUUAAUUAAUAAUGUCGGAAGGAACAAGUAAGGAACCGCAAAAGACUCCUAUGGUGUACAUUUGUGGCGAAUGCCACAACGAAAAUGAAAUCAGACCCAGAGAUCCUAUUAGAUGCAGAGAAUGUGGUUACAGAAUAAUGUAUAAGAAAAGAACAAAGAGAUUGGUUGUUUUUGAUGCAAGAUAAAGAUGUUCCAAGGAGAUCUUCAACUGAUUUGUAUAUAUUGACAGUCCUAACUGAUAAGGAUUAGGUCCAACAAUCUAUGUUAAUUUUAUUUUUUGUGUACAAUUAGUAAUUUGAUGAGAAUGUAACUUCUAGUAACAAGUAAAUAUAAAAUGUAUGAUUAUUAUUG